AUGACAUUUUUAUUGCUGCAGAUAAGCAGGUUGGCUGCUCAAGAGAGCCUGCCCUUGGAGGUCCAAUGUUUGGCCGGCACUGAAUGGGAGAGUUUCUGCCAUCAGUGCCGGUGCCUCCCCGACGGCACCUCAGAAUGCCACAAGCAAGAGUCGUGUGCUUCGAGUUUAUUAGGUGCACCGAUCUCGUGUAAGCCGCAUACGAUAUUUCACAGAGACUGUAACAUGUGCCGCUGCCUCGUCGACGGACAGGUCACGUGUACGGAUAAAAAUUGCAAGGAGCCCAACAUUACGAAGAGAUCUGAACUGCUGUCUGGUAGGGAAUGCUCCUCUGGAACGAAAUGGACAAGUCAAUGUAACGAGUGCGCUUGCAACGCCGAAGGUUACCCCGUCUGCACCACGACGAUAUGUCCUGGCCAAGAAAAUGAACGGGUGCUCCGCUGCGCCCCGCAGUCAGUCUGGAAAAACGACUGCAACACGUGCUGGUGCACCUACGACGGAUACACGAUAUGCACAAGGGUUGGAUGCUUUGGCGAUUUGCCCGAGAGUGAUUUCCACGUCGAAAGCGACGACGACGAUGAUAGUGAAACGGACAACGAAAUCGAGGCCAUACUAAUAAAUGAUUCGCGGAAUUUGCCAAAGAGAUCAGUAUGCAAGCCCAAUAAGGAGUUCCAAAUGGACUGUAACCCAUGCAAGUGUGCGGCGGACGGUCAGAGUUUCACUUGCGAAAGGAACGAGUGCAUGGACACUGAUAAAGAUUCAGGAAUAAACAAAGACGUCGAAGUGUUCAUGAAAAGCGAGACGCUCAGAUCGCCAAAGAGAGACACGAACGGCACGAAGGCGGUGAUCUGCUCGGCGAACCGAAUGUUCAUCAAAGACUGCAACACUUGCUGGUGUAACGAAGACGGCACCAGUUACUUCUGCACUAGGAAGGUCUGCAUCGUUGAAACUCCCGAAGAUUCCGAAGAGGUGAUGCAGGAGCAAGACGCAAGAAAGGUUAAACAGACAUGUCGGCCGGAUGAAGUGUUCGAGAUGGAUUGUAACAUGUGUCGUUGUAACGCGGACGGCACCUCGUUUUCCUGCACCAGAAGAGCCUGCUACCCUGACGAGGAUCUGAAGGACAUUUCGCUUUCGAGAAAAACUCGGGCUGCGCCGCAGGAGCCGCCGAAGGCCUGCCAGCCGGGGCAGGUCUUCCGCUUGGACUGCAACAAGUGCCUUUGCGACAACGAGGGCCAGGACUUCUCAUGCACGCGGAAUGACUGCAACGCUCUGACGAACAACAUCAACGGUGGAGCCAGAAGUAAAAGAGACGCCACCGAGGAGGUGAGCGCUAACUGCACGGCUGGCAGCGUGUAUCAGCAGGGCUGCAACGUGUGCCGCUGCGGGGCGGACGGUCGCACCGCCACCUGCACCGCCCAUAACUGCGACGCGAAAGUCGACGACGGAGUGAACGCGCCCGCCGCCGACCCCAACUUCAGAUGCAAUCCCGGCGAACAGUUCAAGAGCGAAUGCAACGAUUGCACGUGCACCGCGGACGGCAAAAGCGUGUUCUGCACUUUGCGCCUUUGUCCGGUCUACAAGCCC